GCACUAUCAAGACAUGAAUUAGGAAAGCUUACCCGUUUUGAGAAUGACUGUGUAGGCCACCCAGGAGACCCAGGAGAACUUUUAAACUAAAGCAGGAAUGCCUUUUGGCAGCAAAAAGGAGCUUUUAACAUUUCAAGGCUGGCCCUUUUUUAACUCUUAUAAGGAAUGGUUAUAAAUCAAAAAUCACAACCUCUCCUUCUCCUAAUCAAGUCAGCCUGAGCCUAGCUAAUUUGUAAACCAAGCAAAGAGCCAAAGAGGCAAAAUUCUCUCGUAGCUAGCUAGGUAAGAAGAAUGACAGGAGUUGGAUCAUCAUGUGGAGCAUGCAAGUUCUUGAGGAGAAAGUGCAGCAAUGGAUGUGUGUUUGCUCCUUACUUCUGUUACGAGCAGGGAGCAAAUCAUUUUGCUGCGAUUCACAAGGUGUUUGGAGCCAGCAAUGUGUCCAAGCUACUAUCUCACCUUCCCGUCCACAACCGAAGUGAAGCAGCCAUCACCAUCUCCUACGAAGCACUGGCUCGUAUGCGAGAUCCCAUAUAUGGCUGUGUUGCACAUAUCCUUGCACUUCAACAGCAGGUGGUAAAUCUCCAAGAGGAGAUAGAGUUUCUCGAGAAUCAAGUAGCAAAUCUUGCCAAUGAUGCUGUUAGUCACCAAAGUUCUCAGCAGGCAACCAGUGAACCCGAUUACUGGUUUCAAUUUUCUUCGCAACGAGAUCCCAUGGACGCACAGUAUUGUCUUAACCAGCAGCCUCUUCAUCAUCCAUCCAAUGCCGCAGUGAACGCCACUAGCACUUUGAUGCUUGAUAAUGAUGAAAUGAACGCACAGCUUCCUCCUCUGUAUAUGCUGGAUAACCAAAGCUCCUCCUACUGCCACUCUGCAACUUCGCCAGAUGCCUUGGAAAGAAUUCUCUCAAUGGGAAUGCAACAAGAGAUCCUGCCCACUGACCCAUGGUUUGGAAAUGCCACUUAAGCAGAAUACGAUCGACCUUUAAACAAGUAAUCUAUUCUCAGACCUAAAGUCGGAGAUUAAUUUAAAUGGACCAGCAUGGUGCUUUGUUAUGUUCCCAGAGAAUCAAUCGAGAAAGAAAUUACUUUUUUUUUUCUAACUCAUCCUUUACUUAAGCUCAGAACUCAGUCAUCCUUCAAUUCAGUCCGAGUAUAAUUAAUGUAUAUCUCACAAUUCUAAAUCUGUGCAGUCAUAUGUAUUUAACUCGUUGGGUCAACCCGGAGCUCGUUCAAGUCAUCGUGACUGUAUUUCAGGUUUAUAGGACUUUUCGUUUUGUUGCAACUCACUUCUAACACGGUUGAGUCCGGCCGUUAGGUCGGUCACUCCAUGCUCAUCUCCAAGUUUAGCUUGCAUAGUUGCAUGUCGUACGUGGGUUUUUUAUUCAAGGCCUUGUUUGUUUGCGGUACAAUUUCAUUUAUACUGAU